CCUGCCGGGAUUAGGCACCGCCUGUGGUUGGGCCGUCGGUUGUUGUCUCGUCAGCCACCGUGAGGGGUCAACGCGAGGUCGGUGGGGUUAGCAACGCGUCGGCGGCGGCUCCAAGGUCUGAGCAGCAGGCUAGAAGGACCACUGAUGAAGCGGGUAGGAGGCCGAUGUCCCCGGAACACACGUUGACAUCUCUCAGGGUGCCGGGGCAGAAUGUACACGCUGCUUUCGGGGCUGUACAAGUACAUGUUCCAGAAGGAUGAAUACUGCAUUCUGAUCCUGGGCCUGGACAAUGCUGGGAAGACGACCUUCCUGGAACAGUCAAAAACACGGUUUAACAAGAACUACAAGGGGAUGAGUCUAUCCAAAAUCACCACUACCGUGGGUCUAAACAUUGGCACAGUGGACGUGGGAAAGGCUCGUCUCAUGUUUUGGGACUUAGGUGGGCAAGAAGAGCUGCAGUCUUUAUGGGACAAGUACUAUGCAGAGUGCCAUGGUGUCAUCUAUGUCAUUGAUUCCACUGAUGAAGAGAGAUUGUCAGAAUCCAAAGAAGCAUUUGAGAAGGUGGUUUCGAGUGAAGCAUUGGACGGUGUCCCCAUCCUGGUGUUGGCCAACAAGCAGGAUGUGGAGACCUGCCUCUCCAUUCCUGACAUCAAGACUGCAUUCAGUGACUGUACCUGCAAGAUUGGCCGGCGAGACUGUCUGACCCAGGCCUGUUCUGCUCUCACAGGCAAAGGAGUUCGAGAGGGCAUCGAAUGGAUGGUGAAGUGUGUCGUGCGGAAUGUUCACCGGCCACCACGGCAGAGGGACAUCACAUAAGCAUCUCCAACUUUACAGUCUUGGACUGUUCAUCAUCCCUAGUGUUGGAAAAGUACUCUCUGCUGGCUUCUGCCCUACUGAUGCUGGGUGUUGAGCUGGUUUUCUCUGUUCAUUCUUUUAUUUGCUUUAUGUUUUCUCUAAGACAAACUUUUCUCUGAAUCUGGAAAAGUGUAGGUAUUCAGAGACAAACAUGGGGCAUGCCAACCAUCUAGCUCUUCAUGCCCUACACAUACAUACCCCCCCUCCCCCCCCCCCCCAUCAUGGCCUCUCAUCUAGAGUCCUGCCCGAUAGGUUAGGGUCUAGAACCCUUCCAACCUAGUGAGGAGGGAGAGGAGUGAGGCCACCCCUAGGUUUGCCCGCUAGCGCAUUCCAAAGUGGAAUUUGAGAUCAUUCUACGUGAAAUGCUCUAUCUUUGGCAGCUGCUUUGUCUAGCUUGUCCAUGGAGAAGCUAGACAAACCCAUUAUGAACCCAUUCUCAGUCUGUUUUAUCUCCAAAGGAGAGAGCUUAUGUGGAAAUGCUUGUAGUCCACAUUUUGCUGAGUGUGCAUGUCAGUGCACCCUUACACAGGUUGUGUGGUAUCCUGAGGGCACGGCUUUCACUAGGUCAGGUGUUGCUAUAGCUAGUGCAAGUGGGCAUCAUAUGCUUUGAGUUAGGUGGGAUGGGUCCCUACAGGGUCCAGGUCAGUGAAGUGCUGAGUUUGCAUCUCCAGAUGGGUGUGAGGUAUGGGUUUCUAGUGAGCAGCAGCCAUGCUGGGGCUGACCAUGCCCACUAGGCCUGCUUGGUUAAAUUCUUCAUCAUGUGGCCAGGACAAGGUUAUAAAAUAAAGAGCUGAGGUGGCUUCUGUCCAACCAUCCCUUCAAGCAGUUAAAUCCUAGUUCCCCACUAUCUGGGUUGGUGGUUAUAACCAGAAACUGCUAUUCUGGAGUGCCUUAUGAGCACUCCAGGAGCCCUCGGGGAGGUUUGGAACUGUGACUAAGCCGCAGUCCAAGUUCAGUUCAACCUCCCCAAGAAGACCUGGGAAGGAUGACUGAGAAGUUAUGAAUCAGGGGGUUGGGUGCUCUGAUUCAUGGAGAAGUCCCACAGAUCUGUGAUUAUGAGCUGGUUUGAGUUUUUCCUAGUGGAUCUUCCUGGAAAUUAAAGAGUAGAUUGUUCAUAAAGUGGCCAAACUCAGGGGAAGUCCUCUAUCACGGGGCACCAGAUAUCACAGGGGUCUUUCUGCCCACCGUUGCCCAGUUUUGUCAAUGUUGAGGAAGACAAGGGGCUUUAUUUAGUGACUUUUGUCACACCUUAUGGUGGUCAUCCAAGUGUUGUGGAACUUGCUGGCUUGGGAGCAUCGUGGGAUAAAGCUUCCUACUAAGGUUGCUUAUUUGCUUUUGCAGAGCCACAACUUGAGAAUAAUUGUUUCUGAAGAAGUAUAAGGUUGGAGUGACAUGGUUGAAUAAAGUCCUGUGUGCAGUAGA